CUUUUAUCCCCACACAACUUUUUUUCAAUCAAAAUGUCAGUUGCUCGCAUUGCUCUUCGCUCCAUCUCCUUCAAGCCUGCUGUUCCCGCCAUGGCUGCCCGUAGCUUCUCUGCUGCUGCUGUUAUGCAAAAGGAUGUUAUUCAAGACUUGUUCAUUAAGGAAUUGAAGGGUUACAAGCCUGCUCCCAUUGCUGUUGAUGAAAACUCUGUCAAGGACUUGAAGCUUCCUCCUGCUCCUGCUGUUCCCGAAGUUGAUGCUGAUUUGUCUCAACAAUUGGCUUCUUAUGAUGCUGAACCUGAGGAAAUCUCUCAAUAAAUUAUUGGACGUACAGAAUAAGCCAAAUAUCCCUUUGAAGCACAGGAAAGCAUUGAAGUAUGUGUGUGUAUAAACAA